GUCUAUCUCUUACCCUCAUUACCUGCGUGUAGGGCGCAAUAUCGAAAAUGACACUCCUCAUCCUUACCGAGACCGCCGCCGGCUAUGCACUGCUCAAAGCAAAAGACAAGAAAUUACUCAAGCGAGAUGAUCUUGCGUCCGAGCUGGAAGGUGUCGAAAAUGUUACCUCCGCCCUCAAGCUGAAAGAAUUCCAGAAAUUUGACAGCGCUGCGGCUGCACUCGAAGAGGCGGCGGCUAUUGUGGAAGGAAAAGUCACACCCAAGCUGUCUUCUUUGUUGGACACUUUGAAAGAUGAGAAGAAAAUUUCUCUGGCCGUCGCAGACCCGAAGUUGGGAAAUGCGAUCGGAAAGCUUCCUGGUCUUGACAUCAAGGCCAUUGCCGACUCAGCGACCGCCGACCUCUAUCGAGCCAUUCGAGAACACCUCCCCUCCCUCAUUCCUGGGUUAAUGCCGGACGACGUCAAGACCAUGUCACUGGGUCUGUCACAUUCGCUCGCCCGACACAAGCUGAAGUUCUCUCCUGACAAGAUCGACGUGAUGAUCGUUCAGGCCAUUGGACUGCUAGACGAUCUGGACAAGGAGCUGAACACAUAUGCGAUGAGAGUCAAAGAGUGGUACGGGUGGCAUUUCCCAGAAAUGGCUAAGAUAUUGAACGACAACCUGGCCUACGCAAAAGUCGUGCUGAAGAUGGGCAUGCGCACGAAUUGGGAGAACUGCGAUUUAGCCGAGAUCCUGCCUGAAGAAAUUGAGGCAGCGGUCAAGGCGGCUGCAGACAGGUCUAUGGGCACAGAAAUCACAGAAGAAGAUCUCGAGAACAUUCAAAGUCUUGCGGAGCAAGUGGUGCAAUUCACCGAAUACCGGACACAACUGGCCAGCUACCUGUCUGCACGUAUGACAGCCAUCGCACCCAACCUUACGACCCUGGUCGGCGAGCUCGUGGGAGCACGAUUGAUUGCCCAUGCAGGCAGCUUACUCAACUUGUCCAAGAGCCCAGCUAGCACGCUACAGAUCCUUGGAGCCGAAAAGGCACUUUUCCGGGCACUGAAAACAAAACACGACACUCCUAAAUACGGUCUGAUUUAUCACGCUUCUCUGAUCGGACAGGCGUCAGGCAAGAACAAGGGUAAAAUGGCCAGAAUUCUCGCUGCCAAAGCCGCCCUUGGUCUCAGAGUUGAUGCUCUGCAAGAGUGGGGUGAGGAUGAGGCCAACAUUCCUGAAGACGAGAAAGCGCAGCUUGGUAUCGAAGCACGCGCAAAUCUCGAGCGGAAGCUGGCCGCCAUGGAAGGCAAGCCUCUUAAGCCUAGAGGAGUUGCUAUUGGCCCUAAUGGAGUUCCGGGCACGACUCAGCCGCAGAAGUGGGAGAUCAAGGAAGCUCGAAAGUACAAUCCCGAUGCAGAUGGCCUUGCUGGGGAUGAGGCACCAGCCAAACAAGAGAAGAAGUCCAAGAAGGACAAGAAACUCGUCCAAGAGAUCCCCGAGGACACAAUUAUGGAAGACGGCGAAGUUGAUGACGAAGAGGACGAGUCCCAGCCCGACGAGCCCAUAGAUGCUGCCGAAGCUGCCGCCAUCAAUGGUGUCAACGGCGAGAAGUCUGCAAAGAAGGCCGUCAAGGAGAGGAGGCGUGCGGAAAAGGCAGCUCGGAAAACGGCCAAGAAAGAGAAGAAGGAAGGAAAAGCGGAAACAACUGACGAGACCAAGAUUGAGACGUUAGCCGCUCUGUGUGGUCUCAGUGUCGAGAGAUACAAGCGAAAGCUUGAGCGAGGAGAGAUCGAGUUCACAGAGGACGGCAAGCCAGUUUCAAUCUCGAAGAAGGAUAUUAAGAAGGCGAAGAAGGCCAGUGAGAAGGCAGCAGCUGCUUCGGCCAAUGGCGAGGUUGAUGGCUCCAAGAAGCGGAAACGGGUAGAGGAAGAGAUCGAGCCGGUCAAGUCAGAGAAGAAGAAGAAGAGGAAAGAGAAAGCAUGAGCGACUGAUCCGACAACUGCUUCUCCUUCUUGACUGUUCGCAUCGUUCAAUUGCAUGGCGUCUGGGGCGGAGUCUGAUGGUGGUGGACCAAGGUCUAUGAGAAAAUGUACAAUUUAUGGGGGUGCUGAAUGGCAUAGUGUUGGUUCAGUGUCAUCCAUGUGCGGCAUAAUAGUUGCAUAGCUGGCAGAUAUUGCUUGAAACCUAC